CGGGCCCGCCCCUCCGGGCGGGAAGAGGGAAGCGCCGAAGCCGCCUGACUGGAAUGAGGGUAGCUGUGGCGACUGCGGCGGCUGGAGCGGGGCCGGCCAUGGCGGUGUGGACGCGGGCCACCAAAGCUGGGCUGGUGGAGCUACUCCUGAGGGAGCGCUGGGUCCGAGUGGUGGCGGAGCUGAGCGGGGAGAGCCUGAGCCUGACUGGCGACGGCGCCGCGGCCGAGCUGGAACCCGCUCUGGGACCCGCGGCGGCCGCCUUCAACGGCCUCCCGAACGGCGGCGGCGCCGUCGACUCGCUGCCCGGGAGCCCGAGCCGCGGCCUGGGGCCCCCGAGCCCACCGGCGCCGCCUCGGGGCCCCGCGGGUGAGGCGGGCGCGUCGCCGCCCGUGCGCCGUGUGCGGGUGGUGAAGCAAGAGGCGGGCGGCCUGGGCAUCAGCAUCAAGGGCGGCCGCGAGAACCGGAUGCCGAUCCUCAUCUCCAAGAUCUUCCCGGGUCUGGCCGCCGACCAGAGCCGGGCGCUGCGGCUGGGCGACGCCAUCCUGUCGGUGAACGGCACCGACCUGCGCCAGGCCACCCACGACCAGGCCGUGCAGGCGCUGAAGCGCGCGGGCAAGGAGGUGCUGCUGGAGGGCCUAUAAUGAGGAAAUUUCCCUCUGACCAAUAUCAGGGGCACAUCAGCUGCUGUACUAAGUUUCUUCAAAUAUCCUGGAAUUGUGAUGAGUUUGAACCCAUU